GCCAUUGGUUAGGUUAAAUACCACAGGCUCUCCAUUCAGAGGAAUUCUGUUCCACUUAAGAAAGCAGGAGCCAAAGGAUAAAGAUAGAAGAAUGAAGACCUUUGCAAAUAUUUGCAUCUUUUUUUCUGUCUUCGAUGCCAUUAUAGCGGCUCCUACAAUGAGCUCUGUAAUAUAUGAUUCUGAAACAUACGAUAUUGCUUUGGAAGAUCUGGAUAGCCUAUACGACUAUGAUGAAAAUCUAUCCGUUGAUCAGGCACAGGUAGAAAUUGGAACAGCCUUACCAUCUAUAACUCGAGAGAUCUAUUUACCUUCAUCACUGCCAGAGGAAGCAGAAGAAGAAGCAUCCACACCCAAACUGAUUGAUGGGUCUUCGCCUCAUGGACCAGGAGUUCUUGGUCCCCAUACACAUGAAGGUCUUCCAACUUGUCUUCUCUGUACCUGUCUGGGUACAUCUGUGUACUGUGAUGAUCGUGAACUUGAGGCUCUUCCACCUUUGCCCAAGCAAACAACCCAUUUCUACUCUCGUUACAAUAGAAUCAAAAAGAUCAACAAGGAUGACUUCACUAACCUAAGCAGCUUAAAAAGGAUUGACCUGACCUCCAACUUUAUAUCUGAAAUUGAUGAAGAUGCCUUCAGAAAUCUCCCACAACUGCAGGAACUGAUACUUCGAGAUAACAAGAUAAGGCAACUUCCAGAAUUGCCACCAACCUUGUUAUUCAUUGAUCUUAGUAAUAAUAGACUCGGUCGCAAAGGAAUAAAACAAGAAGCUUUUAAAGAUAUGUAUGAGCUGCACCAUCUUUACAUCACUGAUAACAACUUGGAUCAUAUCCCACUUCCACUCCCUGAAAGUCUCCGGUCACUUCAUCUGCAGAACAACAAUAUACAAGAAAUGCACGAGGAUACUUUCUGCAAAACGAAAGACUAUUCCUAUAUCCGUAAAUCUCUUGAAGACAUCAGGCUAGAUGGAAAUCCCAUUAAUCUGAGCAAAACUCCUCAUGCCUAUAUGUGCCUACCCCGACUGCCAGUUGGAAGCCUUUUUUAAGCCAAGACAGUAAUAAAAAUACUGUACAAUAUAAUUUCUUUUUCAAGUAAGCACAUGAUUGCUUUCAAAAGCAUAGUGGAUACUAUUGCAAGAGCUCAUAAUAUUAGGAUAUAUAUCAUUAACGUAAGAUUAUGAGUAAAUAGGUACAGUCAGUAACAUACAGUGCUGAAUAUAAAUUCAUUCUCUGAGAAAUAUUGGAAUGGGGAAUGUUGACCUUGCAAAUGUUUUUUUUUUCACUACAAUUUCCAUAAUCUUUUACCAUUGCCCAUGCACAAUGGGUUGAUGGGAGCUAUAUGCUGUGGGGUUUGGAGAGCUCUGUCAUAGGAACUGUCAACAUUUUCAGCUCUGAAGUAAUUGUUAGGAAGACUAGAUGGUAAUUAUUGUAUUGCUUACAAAUUAUGAUUGUAAACCGCCCAGAGUAGUGGUU